UUUCACAAAUACAAUUCCAGUUACUCCAACACAAAUUUGAUGAAUUUAUGAAAGAACUUGAAACCAGUGAAGACCGCAUUACUGCUAUCAAUGUUAGUGCCAAGAAGAUGAUAGAAGCCAACCAUUAUAAAUCGGAUGAAAUUGUGGAACAUGCAAAGCAAAUCAGUUUGUUGUGGGAAGACUUAAAUGAAGCUUCGAGAGCACGUAAAGAGGCUUUGAUUAAUGCUUACCAGAUUCACUGUUAUGGACGUGAUACAGAUGAUACUUUGGAGUGGAUUAAAGAGAAAGAUGCUAUUGUGUCAAAUGAGGAUUAUGGACAUGACUUGGAAAGUGUUCAGUCAUUAUAUACCAGGCAUAACGGACUGGAGAGAGAUCUCGCUGCCAUUAGUGAACAGGUUGAAAACAUGACUAAAAGUGCAAGACGCUUAGUUGAAGAAUUCCCUGAUGCCAAAGCCCAUGUGGUGAAUAAACAUGAAAGCAUGGUGCAGGCCUGGAAUAAACUUGUUGAAAAAUCUUCAAUAAAGAAAGAAAAAUUGUUGCAAGCUCAAAAGCUUCAGACCUACUUUAAUGAAUUCCGUGAAUUAACAACAUGGAUCAAUGAAAUUCUUUCAUUGAUAUCAGCUGAAGACCUGGCUAAAGAUAUUGCUGGUGCUGAAGCUUCUCUGAAUAGAUUUAAAGAGAUAAAAGCUGAAAUAGACAGCAGAAAGGAACCAAUGACUAAAUUUAAUCAAAUUGGCCAAGGUUUAAUAGAAAAUGGGCAUUUCUUAUCAGAAGAGGUAUAUUUCACAUUUUAAUUUUAUUUAUAAACC